AUGACAUCGACCGCUGUGUCGGAAUCGGCUUCUACGACGGCUAGUGCACGAGAAGCCAAGUUGAGGCUCGACAUGCAACGUUUAGCCGAAGAAAAGGAAGUACGGGCUAGAUUAUUAGCGGAAAAGGAAUGUCAGGAUAAGGAUAUGCAGGAAAGGGCGAUGCGGCUGGAGAAAGAAAGGAGGGAUAAAGCCAUAACCGAUUUGAUGGUUUUGGAGAAGGAGUUCAUCGAUAAAAAGUACCAGCUGUUGCAGGCUCGCUUGGAGGAAGACGAAGACGGAAAAAGCAGCGGAAUCUCACACUCUUCUGCAUUACCUUCGGGUAUGAGUCGUGGCGGGUACAACCUUCCUUCGCAACAUUAUCCGGGGAUAAGCGUUUCCAGUUAUCAAGCUCCAAUCUUAUCGGUGUCGCAGCAACCCAGCAUCCCGGUUCAGCACCCAUUCGGUCCAAAUUCACAACAACUAGCAGCUCGUCAUGUGGUGCCCAAAGAGCUUCCAUCGUUCUCCGGAAAUCCAGCAGAAUGGCCCCUUUUCUGGAGUAGUUUCGACACGUCCACACAGAUGUGUGGAUAUACUGAUGCAGAAAACUUGAUGCGGUUACAGCGGAGUCUGAAAGGAGACGCCAGAAAAUCCGUUAGCUGUUUUUUGCUGCAUCCAGCAAAUGUUGCCGAGGUGAUGAACACUCUACACUCGCUGUAUGGUCGUCCAGAUACGAUCAUCCAAACACUGCUGAACGAAGUACGAGCCACUCCUACGCCGAAGCCGGAAAAGCUGGAAACCCUGAUCAAUUUUGGACUGGCGGAGCUCGUGGAGAAGCUGCCCGCGAAUAUCAAACUAGAUUGGGCCCUCCACAAGCAACGUGUACUGGUUGCGGAUCUACGUGCAUUCGCAGAAUAUAUGAAUGUGUUGGUCACAGCGGCUAGUAGUGUUACGGCAAUUGGUGAAUCUAGCUCACAGAAAGCAGAUCGGCUAAAAGGAAAUAUGAAGGCCGGUUCCGACUCUACCCUGGUGGAAAACUCCAUCGCGAGGCAGCUAGGAAUAGUAGGACAACCGGCUCCGUUAUGCAUGCAGUGGACGAACGGAGUAAAGCGAAUGGAAGAAGCGUCGCAGCGUGUCGAACUUUACAUCUCUGCAUCGGAUUCAACAAAGCGCUUCGCCCUGAAUGGUGUACACACCGUAAAAAGUCUGGAUUUGCCUCGACAAUCUCUAAGGUUUGAGGACUUCGAACGAGACUUCCCACACCUUCGAGGGCUUCCCGUGAAAAGCUACAAUGAUGCGUCCCCUGGUAUUUUGAUCGGUCUAGACAAUACCAAGAUAAAAACGACUCUGAAGCUGAAGGAAGGUAAAUCCGAUGAGCCAGUAGCAGCGAAAACUCGGAUUGGUUGGGUGGUAUUCGGACGGAACCGAGGUCCCAACGAAGGUACAUCUCGCCGCAUUAUUCACAUGUGUAGCCAACCCUGUGAUCAGCUACUUCACGACCUAGUGAAAGAUUUUUUUCGGGUCGAAGGCGCGGGAGUAUCCUCGCCAAACGCUUUGGAUUCUGCUGACGACCGACGUGCUCGAAGAAUUCUAGAAGCCACUACAGUUCGUACUCCCAGCGGACGGUUCCAGACGGGGCUUUUAUGGAAAUAUGACCAGGUAGAGUUCCCCAACAGCAGACUGAUGGCAGAACGGCGGCUGCACUGUCUGGAGAAGCGUUUGCUGAAAUCUCCAGAGCUGUAUUCUGAGGUCAAGCAGCAGAUCGUGGCAUAUCAAGCGAAAGGCUACGCCCAUAUAGCAACGGACAUGGAGCUUGCGGAAACAGAUCCGAAGCAAGUGUGGUACUUGCCCUUAGGGGUCGUCGUUAACCCGAAGAAGUCGGGAAAGGUGCGCGUAGUUUGGGAUGCAGCUUCGAAGGUUCAAGGUGUGUCCCUCAAUUCCGUUCUUUUAAAAGGACCGGAUCUGCUUACUCCACUUCCGGCGGUACUCAGUCGAUAUCGGCAAAGACAGGUUGCCAUCAGUGGAGAUAUACGGGAGGCGUUCCACCAGAUCUUGAUUCGACCGGAAGAUCGCCGUGCACAGUGGUUCCUGUGGCGAGACGAUCCAUCGCUACCAAUACAGAUACUUGUUAUGGACGUAGCUACAUUUGGCUCCUCUUGCUCUCCGUGUUCACUACAGUUUGUUAAAAAUUUGAAUGCGGAUGAACUGGCAGAGGAGUUCCCGAAGGCAGCUGAGGCGGUGAAGGAAAACCACUACGUCGACGAUUAUUUAGACAGCGUAGAUACAGUCGACGAAGCGGUACAGUUGGUGGAUGAAGUAAGGACGAUUCACGCUAAGGGAGGAUUCGAGAUUCGACAUUGGUUGUCGAAUUCGUCGGAUGUCAUCGAUAGAAUCGGCGCAUGCAGCGAAGGAAUAAGCAAAUGUUUCGUGAUGGAUAAAUGUAGCAGUACAGAGCGUGUAUUAGGCAUGGCGUGGCAACCGACGGAGGAUGUCUUCUCAUUUUCAAUCCAGUUGCGCGAAAACCUCCAGCCUUUGAUGACUGGUGAUACAAUUCCGACGAAACGGGAAGCCCUGAGUCUUGUGAUGAGCGUCUUCGACCCACUGGGAUUGCUGGCUGUUGUUCUCGUUCAUGGAAAGGUGUUACUUCAAGAUAUAUGGAGAGCUGGUGUAGACUGGGAUGAAUUCAUCCCGGCAGACACGUUCGGUCGUUGGAAAACAUGGAUUCAGAUCUUGCGGCAGCUCAAUGAGGUGAAGAUCCCCCGUUGCUACUUUCCCGGCUACGGGCCUCAGGCGUACGAUUCUCUGGAGUUGCAUAUCUUUGUCGACGCUAGUGAAGCAGCUUAUGCAGCCUGCGCAUACUUUCGUGUGUUAGACCAUGGGAUCGUUCGCUGUUGCCUAGUUUCUGCGAAAACGAAAGUCGCCCCUCUCAAACCGUUAUCUAUCCCCCGGUUGGAGCUCCAAGCCGCUGUUAUGGGAGCACGCCUGUUGAAAACCGUCAUUUCUAACCAUACACUGAAGAUUCACCGCAAAAUACUCUGGAGCGAUUCCACUACAGUUCUGUCUUGGCUGGGAUCCGAUCCACGGCGCCGUACACAGUUUGUGGCAUUUAGAGUCGGUGAAAUCCUGGAAACUACGGACAUCAAGGACUGGAGAUGGGUUCCGACGAAGUGUAACGUUGCAGAUGACGCUACAAAGUGGGGUAUUGGACCUAAUAUUGAAGCCAAUAGCCGCUGGUUCAAAGGGCCGGGUUUUCUCUAUGAGAAUGAAGACUACUGGCCCCAACGUGAGCUUCCGUUGGCUGAUUCUCCGUUGGAGCUGCGGCCGACGAAUGUGCAGAUCCAUGUAGAAGUGGAACAAGUGAUUGACUUUAAGCGUUUCUCAAAAUGGGAACGGUUAUUACGAACGAUCGCAUUCGUGGGCCGAUUUUACAAGAAUUGCCUUAGCAAAACUCGGAACGAACCAACUUGUUCUACAUCAACGUUAAAUCGCGAGGAGCUGAGGCAUGCGGAAUUCACUGUUUGGAGACUGGUUAAGCUGAAUGCAUAUCCGGAGGAGUUUACGAUGUUGCUGAGAAACCAAAAGAAGCGUCCAGAUCAUCAGCAAACGAUCAAGAAAAGCAGCCGUCUUUAUGGAAAAUCUCCAGUUAUUGGCGAAGGUGGACUGAUCCGUAUGGAACGACGCAUGGGGGAAGCUGAUUGGAUUUCCGACGACGUUAAAUUUCCAGUGAUUCUGCCGAAAGCGAACUAUGUGACCUUCCUGCUAGCUGAUUGGUAUCAUCGCACAUACCGGCAUGCCAAUGGAGAAACUGUGGUGAACGAGAUCGUACAGAAGUAUUCCAUUUCGGCCUUGAGAGUGCUUGUGCGGAACGUAAGCACUCACUGCAAUUGGUGUAGAGUCUAUAAGACGAAACCUCAAACACCACGAAUGGGACCCCUACCUGCUGUACGAUUAACCCCUUACGUUCGGCCGUUCUCUUUCGUUGGGUUGGACUACUUUGGCCCGAUUACGGUGAGGAUAGGUCGCAGUAAUGCUAAGCGAUGGAUAGCACUCUUUACGUGUUUGUCAGUUCGUGCGAUCCACCUGGAGGUAGCAUCGAGUCUCUCCACCGAGUCCUGCAAGAUGGCCAUUCGGCGACUCGGAUUGCUGUGUUAG